GUCCGCGUACACGAUGCAGCGAAUACGAAAAGCAGCGAAAUGGACGCAGCAAGACCGGCGAUGGCGGCGAGUAGACGCGACUAAUCCUCUUCCCGACUACAGCAAAUACAACGUCAAAGCCGACAUACCAGAAUACGAUGAAGCAACCUACGAACAGCACCUGCAACACGAUGACUGGACCAAAGCAGAAACGGACUAUUUGGUCGAAUUGUAUCAGGACUGCAACGGCAAGUGGCCAGUCAUAUGGGAUCACUAUGAAUUUGAGGAUAAGACGCGCAGCAUGGAGGAGUUGAAGGCACGCUUCUACAAAAUAUCCGCACAACUGCUGCAAUUGAGAACGCCCAUUCAGUCCAUGGGUACCUCUGAAUUCGAGCUUUACACCACACUCAACACGUUUGAUCCCGCCAAGGAGGAGUCACGGAAGAGUCUCGCCAAGGGUCAUCUGUAUCGCAAGGCGAAUGAGGUGGACGAGGAGACGGUCUUGCUCGCUGAAUUGCAGCGCAUCAUGCUCAAUCAGGCUACGCUCGAUGCUCAGAGGGAGGAACUGAGAAGACGGUUGGAUUACCCACAUGCAGCCACCAACGGAUACCAGUAUUCCACUUCACAGGCGCUUACUCAGUUGUGGCAGCAGUUGCUUCAGCAAGAUCGUAUGAAGAAGAAUCCACGUCUUAAGGCUACUGGAAACCCCAACUACGAUGGCUUUGUGCAAUCAGGCGGUAUGCAACCCCCCCAAUCCGCUCGAGGUCCACGGGACAGCACAGCCGGCCUCUCAGACGUCGGAGGCUCUACUCGCGAUCGCCGUGGGACCAGAGGCGAAUCCAUCAGCGGAAACGCCCCUCACACGCCCGGACACCAACUCCCCGUCUCCCUUUCCCCCGCCGAUCAAACUCGCAUGGGCGUCGUAAUUCUCCCUCCCGAAUCCAAAACUUCCGGCGGAAUCAGUUUCGCUUCCGAUCGACUCACCAAGCCCCGAGUAGCAAAAAGUUCCGUACAAUCAGAAAAAAUCGCCACAAUCCUCUCUGUCGCGGGCGUUCCAGAGGUCAUACCAUUACCCACGCCGAGCGUCGUGGAGGCUUUUGAGGUGAUUAUGAGUAAAGUGCACACGUUGAUGGAUAUGAGAAAAUUGGGAGAAAAGGAUGAAUUGGAACUCAAGGUCAGGAGAUCUGAAAGUCAAUCGUGAGAACGGCACGCACGCACGUUUUCCCGCAAAAAUGUUUUUCUUUUUUCUUCUUCUUUCUUUUUUUCUUUCUUUUUUUCUUUCUUUUCUUUAACGAGUGGUUUGAUGGUUUUUCUUUGGGGUUGGAAUUGCAUUCAUGUUAUUAGCGAGGCGCUGGACGGUCACGGAAGGAGAGAGAGAGAGAGAGAGCUUGCUACACUGUAGUUGAGCUGAAGCCCUCUGCUCUGCUCUGCUCUGCUCUUACGCGGUCACACAAUGAGAAAAGUUAAUCAAUGAA